UUCGCGCCAUCUCAUCUAUACUCAGUAUUACAUAUGUGCAUCCUUGAAUGCCGUGACGGCCACGUACCCUCUAUCUCCUUGAUCUUCUCAACGACACCCAUCUUGGCAAAGGUCUCCUAUGAUACGAUGAAAGUUUCGAUGCUGUACGCAACCGGUGAAGGGCAGUCCGACCUGUUCUGCGAGUAACUCGGAAGACUUGAAGCAGUGGCUGAAGCCAAGCUGAAGCUAUAGAUGAUGGGUGUGUAAGCGCCCGGGUUAUGGGCGUCUGACGUCGGAAAUGAUGAAAGAGGCAGGUCUCGCAGCGCGCGCUUUCCGUUCAGCCCAGGCAGUCGGUCUGCGCCUACCCGUCCGCGCUCUGCACUCUCAUCUCGAUGAAGCGACACCAGCCGACCCUCUAUACGCAUCCUGAGGACGAUGCCGAUGACGAACGGGAGGGCAGCUGGUCCUCGGCCAGGGCGCAGCAGACGCCGCCAACGUCUAUGGGUUCCCUAAACUCCAGGCGGUCAAAAGCCCGGCAGAGAAGUACAUUCUCCCCAGGACCUCUCGUCCCGAACACUCCCGUGGCCUCGUCGUCGAAUGGGCCUCCGAAACCUGUGUACCCUAACAUCUACACCCAGUUCGUGCGGCGUUACAGGUCCGGGCAAAGCAUAGACGACGAUCCCCGCAACGACCCCGACAGUCACUACUACCAACGCGGCUUGGGGCAGUUGGUCGAUGCGGGAGACAGUGACGAUGAAGAAACUAGGAUAGUCAGUGUAGGAGGCGGUGAGGCAGAUCGCCUGUCCUCUCUUAUGCUGGAUGCCGAGCCCAUUGAGCCGGAAAGUCUGGAGGAUCGAGAGAGGUUGGAAUGGCAAACUAUGCUGGCCUCUGUUCUGGAAGGCGAGGUACUGAAGUCGGAGAACACGCGGAUCGCCGGUACUCUCAAUUCGUCCUCAGAGGAGGAGAACAACCUACGCGCGAACCUCUGGCUUGGUAUCCGAGCCAAGGUUCACGGAAGGACAGUUGAAGAGGAACGCAGGAGGCUGGAAGAGCGACGUCUACGGACUGUUGACACGGUCAUCAAGGAGAUCCUUGCCUUCCGAGUCGACGACCUUCCACCAGAAUCCACCGAAUCUCCCGCUACACAUGCUCUCGGCCAAGUCAAUGCUCUCCUUCAUCGCCUCGAUGUCGCCCACUCCCUAUACCCAAGUUUACGGGUCUUCCACCAGGACCACCCAUCCGCUGGAGAGGCCAAGUUCCAAGUGCGCUGUGAUACCCUUAAUACCUGGUCCACCGUCAUAACCUCCCUUCGUCAACUUCUGAGCGUCAUGCGCAAAUGGACAGGCAGCGAAAAUCUGGAUGUCACUCAACCCACGUCCACUCCCUCCACCACGUUCCCUCCUAGCAGGGGACAGGGUGAACCUGCCCACGGGACCACGUUUGUUGAUCGUUUACUAAAGGAGGAAUCCAUCCAGAGGCAGUUCGAGAAGGGGUCCAUGACUACCAUUCACGCUCUUGUUGGUACUACGCGCGACGCUCAUGUCAACCUAGCCCCCAUGUUCCGAGAGAUGAACCUACCUUCCUUCGAGACGGAACUUGUUCCCCUCGUCUCAUUCCUAACCAACCUCGCUCAGGCGGUGUUGCGCGUGCGUCUGGACUAUGCGCAGAAGCUGAAAAACCCGGAUGUGCUGAUCAUUGACCAAAUGACGGAGGAUCUAAAAGUGAAGAUCGGCUUCGCGUGUACCUUGAAGAGGCAGUACGAAGCGUUCCUCAUACCGGAUCCCGGAGGGAAUUGGAAGCUCCCGCCGUGUAUCAGCGAUGACUACGACUCCGUUAUCUUGGAAGCCCUGACGUUCUUCUUCAAGCUCAUCCACUGGAAACUGAAGAGCGGUACGAAGGGCAUCUACUUCAAGGAGACGGAUGUCAUCGAAGCGCAAUGGGCGACCUUCAACGACGUUAGCUUGACCAUUCCGAGCGGCGCCUCACUCGUUGCAGAACAGUUGUGCGCACUCACCAACAAACUCAUGGUUCGCGUCACCAACUACUUCGAUACGCAGAUCCGUAUCCCCAUAGCCAGCGAGCCGUCGCAGACACCUACCAUCCGUGACGCCAAGCCUCAAUCCUUGCCGAACGGGUCUACCCCCUCCACAUUCGAGGCUCACAUGAACCCUACAUCCAACAAAGGGAUGUCCGACGAGCAGCGCGUCAGCUGGUACGGGAAAGUUCUCGACGGUGUCAAACAGCGCCAUCGAAAGCUGCAGAGGCUAGCACGAGUCCUCACGCAGCGAUUCAGCAACUCUGCGGAAUACGACCUUGAAGACGUACCUAUAGACACAUUCAUAGCGUUGCUCGUCGAGACGGAUCAUUUCCUGGUGUACACCCAUAGCUUCGAAGAGGAUGGGACGUACAUUGUCGCACCGCAUACCCUCCGGGAUCGCCCAGAAGCCGUCCGUAGGAUACUGAUAGAGGCCUUCCACGUCAACGAGGUCGAUGAGUCGACCUGGAUGAUGGAUAUCGGUGAUCAUGAACAAGAGGAUGACGAGGACGUCUCGUACCUCCUGGUCUUGUCGCCCCGGGUACGAUUCGUCUGGAACGGGAUGGUCCUGAUGCUCCCCAUCCCGAAAUGGGAUCUCGACCUCAAGGACAAUCGAGUGCGCCUCAUAGCCGAUGGGCCCCAGCAUCGAUUGGCUACGGCAAAGGACCGUUUCACGGAGUUGUUUCUGCCCAUUGACGAAGAAGGCGAGCCACUGGAGUCGCCUCUACCUCCGUUAACGUGCCUCGUGGAGGCCCAGGCGCAUCUCCCACUGGUCAACCGGGAACUGCGUAAGAUCAGCCGGGCGAACAACAAGCUGGCCGAGUCGAUCGUAAACUCCGUACAGUAUGUACGGACUGCUUUGCAAUCCGCCACGGGUUACCAGGAGUUGCUGGAGAAUUGGUUCGGCUUCGCAGCCGAACAUGGGACGCACGUUCAGAAGCACAUGGAUCGUACUACGAUGCUCAAGUUCAAUCGCCUCUUGAUCAAGCUCGCUAUUUCCUGGGUCUCCUUCAUCUGCGACGACUGCGACCCCAACGAUCGGAAGACCUUCCGGUGGGCAGUCACUGCGCUGCAGUUUACGCUCCACCGCACACGGCGCAACAACAUCCUGCAGCUACCCGAGGAACAAUUCGAAAUGCUUCGACAGAAAGUCGCCAGCUGCAUGACUUUGCUUAUCAGCCACUUCGAUAUCCUCGGUGCGCGCUCCAGCCUCGAGGCAAAGAGAGAGAAGGAGAGGCAGGAAGAGCUCUUGCGUCAACAAGCCGCCAGCAAUCGCCAGGAUGAGGAUGACCUGCUGGACGUUCCGCAGAAGAAAGACGAGACGGCUUACGCAUACACCGAUCCUAUCAUCCGGACGUUCUGGGAGAAAUCCACUCAAGCGGUGCGAGAUCUGGAGGAUCUGCGUGCCCGGGUUGGCAUCGAGCAGCACACCGUCGGUCGCGUGCUGGACGAGGAGAAGUUGGUCGACCGUUCUCUGGUGUUCUUGGCAGGAUCAGCAUCCAACGUGUCCCUUCGGUGGCAGCAGGGACGUUUCAUUGGCGCUGGUUCCUUCGGAUCGGUCUACCUCGCUGUGAAUCUUGACUCCGGCUCUCUCAUGGCAGUGAAAGAGAUCAAGUUCCAAGAAUACGCUGGGCUUCCCACCCUCUACUCCCAAAUCAAGGACGAACUCAACGUCAUGGAGAUGCUCCAUCAUCCGAACAUCGUCGAGUACUAUGGUAUCGAGGUGCAUCGUGACAAGGUCUUCAUAUUCGAGGAGUACUGCCAAGGCGGUAGCUUGGCUGCCUUACUAGAGCAUGGACGGAUCGAGGAUGACGGGAUUCUCCAGAUCUACACCUUGCAGAUGCUGGAGGGCCUGGCAUAUCUGCACUCCAAAGGAAUUGUACACCGAGACAUCAAGCCAGACAACAUCCUCCUUGAUCACAUGGGCGUCAUCAAGUUCGUGGACUUCGGGGCCGCGAAAAUCCUUGCCAAGAACCAGCGUUCUAUACAACGCUCACGACGAUCCUCAGAUGCUGCUACGAAUGGUAGCGUCGGAACUGGAGUAAAUAACAGUCUGACGGGGACGCCCAUGUACAUGUCCCCGGAGGUCAUCAGGAAUAGUUCCCGUGGUAAGCAAGGGGCCAUGGAUAUCUGGUCAUUAGGAUGCGUUGUUCUCGAGUGCGCAACUGGUCACAAACCUUGGUCCAAUCUUGACAACGAAUGGGCGAUCAUGUUCCAUAUAGGCGUAGCGACACAGCACCCUCCCCUUCCUGAGCCCGAACAACUGAGUAACAUGGGAAUCGACUUCAUCCGUCAGUGCCUCACCAUCGACCCGCUGCAGCGCCCUACGGCUCUCGAGCUAAUGGAGCACCCAUGGAUGCUCGACUUCCGUGCCGCACUCCAGAGCUACGAGGAGGCAGAGCUUGCUACGAGCCCGCCUGUCGACAUGCCUUCCGACCCAUCGUAUGCCAACGCCUCGGUCGCCCGGCAAGCUGCCAUCAUUCAGGAGAAGGAGGUAGAGACCAUCAAGUCUGCUUCGCCGAGUCUAUCACCCGUCGCAACAGCCAACAGUGGUUUCUCUGGCUCGAAUGGGAGCUUCCCUGGGUUGUCUGAUAUUCCUACAGAGGACUUGUAAUAUUCGACGUGCUGGAUUGAUUGUAGCCUAGUUUCUGACAUUCGCUGACACUGUCUGUAUACAAGAAAUUCUCUGCUUGGUUCGAUAGAGUACCGCAAUCUACUUAUUCAGGGAUAGACGAAUACAAGUAAAUGCAUCGCCUUGCAUGGCAAUAUUUUAAUUCAUCCGUAGGGCCCAUGCGGUCGAGAUGCGCACAUUCUAUGAUACCUCGAUGUCGUUCGUGGAAGCUAUUAGUCGUUUCAUCAC